GGGUUCGGGCUUCCUACCCAGCAGCCCUCGCGCGGCCCGGUUCAGCGGACAUCCAGGACUCCAACAUGGCGUCUGUCGUGCCAGUGAAGGAGAAGAAACUGAUGGAUGUCAAAUUAGGGGAGCUGCCAAGCUGGAUACUGAUGCGAGAUUUUACUCCCAAAGGCAUUGCAGGAGCCUUUCAAAGAGGUUACUACCGGUAUUACAACAAGUAUGUCAAUGUGAAGAAGGGCGGCAUUGCGGGCAUUUCUAUGGUACUGACAGCUUACGUGGUUUUCAGCUACUGCCUUUCAUACAAAGAACUCAAACAUGAACGGUUACGCAAGUACCACUGAGGAAGCCAGUGUGGACGCACGCUGCAUUCCUGGCUGUGGCCGCCUCUGCCCUGGCCCCUCGAGAAACACGAUCCUUGAGGAAUCCUUUCUUAAUCUGAUGACCAAUAAAAGAUGACCGGUAUGUGUA